CUGGCCCAGCUGACAUUUCAGUUUAGGCUUAAAAAAGCCCGGAUUUGCUGGGGAAAAGUCUUAAACGUGGCAGGAAAGAAGAGAGACCAGCACAAGAGCCCUGUCAUUGCUCUCCGGUGACAAGUGGGCCUGUUUUUACACCUUCCUUCUAAAUAAGGAAGCGAUCGGGUAGACAUAUGACCAGCGACCCAAUUUGGGAGCAGCCCGAGUGCCCCGUCGCGUCCCAUACCGCGGAACGCCAAUAAGCUUUCUUCUCUUCCAGUUAGGCAGAAACAGCAGCGAUCCCCCUCACAUCUCCACAGACCUGCUGUUUUUCUGCCUUUGCAAUAACCCUGCGGGUGAAGUCAGCAUGAUGUCAUCUAGGGAUGCGAUAGUCUUGGCGAGGUUGAAGGGUUUUUGGUGAGCGCAAUAUUCUGAACUCUUACCGAGAGAGAGAGGCUGUCAGAAAAGGGAGAGAGAGAGUGAGUGUGUGAGAGAGAGGGGCGCGGGGGAGCUGCAAAACAUGGUAAUCACCACCACCACCACCACCACCAACAUCACCAUCACCAUCACCUCCAGCUCUGCCGCGCACUCUCCCGUCUCCUCUCCUCGUCGGCACCGGGGCUUGCGUUUCAUGCCCAAAGCACUGAUCUGUGCUCCAAAAAUAACCCUCAGUCAGCAUGCCGAAGGAAGCAAAACAAGAAGAGCGGUAUUUUUAGGGUCAUUAAUUUUGACCACGUGGCCCGAAGGUAAACCGGAUGGCCGUUGCGCAAAGGCUCCUCGUCAGUAUGUCCUGCGAGGCCGGCACGCCGCACUGGACGCUGACCGCAGUGGUUCUCCUGGGCUUUCUGCUGGGGAUCGUGUCAGCGUACCCUUUACCGAGCAGCAGGACAAAUGCAACUUUACUGGAGAAACGAUGGGAGACCCUCUUCUCGCGCUCUGUGCUCGGGAUCUCCGGAGAGAAACCGGAGCUGAAUUGGGAGAGUGACUAUCUGCUGGGCAUCAAAAGAGUGCGGAGGCUCUACUGCAACGUGGGCAUCGGGUUUCACCUUCAGAUCCUCCCCGACGGCAGGAUAAACGGUGUACAUAAUGAAAACCAGUACAGUCUAAUAGAGAUCUCGACGGUGGAGAGAGGAGUGGUGAGCCUAUAUGGAGUGAGGAGUGAGCUGUUUGUCGCAAUGAACAGCCGCGGGAGGUUAUACGGAACGACAGUCUUCCACGACGAAUGCAAGUUCAAGGAGAGCUUGCUCGCGAACAAUUACAACGCCUACGAGUCUCUGGUUUACAGAGGAUCCUACAUCGCACUCAGCAAGCACGGCCGCGUGAAGAGGGGCAACAAGGCCACGACUGCCAUGACUGUAACGCACUUCCUACCCCGAAUAUGACGAGCAAAAAGUGGCAAUAACAAACGUAUUUGCACAUGUGGAUUAUCUCCCAGGUAACAUAAAUACCGUAUACUACAUACAAACACAAAAAAGACAAAAAUGGACUAUGAAAUAAAGAAACACAGUUAUAUCUGAUAGUAUUUAUUCAAACUUUAUAUGUAUAUUUGGGUAGUUUACUUUGUAUUAGAAAUGAUCAAAAAUGCCAUUCUUUGCUGCUUUUGUGAUUUUCAUCCUUUUAUGACAUGAAGGGCACGGAGAGGCGUCGUGUGUCCGCUCUGGUUUUAUGGGUGCUUGCUGGAAUCGGUUGAGUUUUGCCCUGUCGGUGGAUGACAGCUCAUCUUUUUCAAAUGGAUUUGUUAUUACCUCAAAGCACCGUAUCCCAAGGAUGUAGAAAAUGUGUGCAUGAAUUUUUACACAGAAGAAUGCCUGUUUACUUCUAAGGUUUGUUUGUUUGUUGUCGUCGUCAUCAUCUAUCAAGGACUAUAGACAUUUCCCACCCGUUGCAUUUGCGUGUCUCUGUCACGGUCAGGGCAACUACAGCACUUGUUUUUUUCUUGCUUUGUCAUGAGGCGGCGGUGCCUUGAAUUCCUUCUUGCGGCCCCCCCUUACCCUUGCAUGCGAGAAAUGUGGUGCUCAAGUCAGAAAUAGGAAUGAUACGCAAGUCAUCACUCCCUCAGACACCACUGGGGGGGCUUUAGCCCAAUUCCUAGAGGGCCAGAAGUUUUUUCACUUUAUUUUCUUUCCAUAAUUAGAUCCAUUUAGUAAGCGAGACUCUACGCUGCACAGGACCCAGUGGAGCCUCUUGUUAAAAAGGAAAGCUGGAUUUGGAGUCGCCAUCACCUCCAAGGGAGCUUUGACAAUCCCGGGGUUCGUUUGAACAGCUUUUGUAGCCGGAUCAUCAGUCCGAACUGAAAAUGUGAAUGUUUAUGCAUCGGUUUUCAUCAUGUAUGCAGAUUUGUUUUCUUCCUUUACAUGGUGGAGGGACAGAACAUCAUAGACCUAACACUAUGACGCAAAACACCCUCCAUCUCUGCCUACUGUACGUUUCCCCCGGUUCGAGUCGAUGCCGUCUGUUGCAUCAGGCCUCUGACUUUACACUGCAAAGUUUAUGUGACGCUGGUUAAAGCAGCAUGCUGAGUAAAAUGACAGAGCACGGCACGGUCUGCUGCUUUAACUCCAAAUAAAUCGAGUGAAAAGCGACAUUUACUCUCAGUUCAAGAUCCUGGGAUUUGCAAACGAUCCUUACGGUGUCUCCGUUUUUGAUAUUUAGAUGAAGUGGGUCGUUUAUGACAGUUUUUAUGCAUUCUUCAGAUUGGUCGCUGAGUCUGAGCUGAACCAAAGGGUUAGGUUAGUGAUGUUCAUUCAGGCUUUGCAUAUACAGCACAUCAUACUUGAAUUUAACGACCUCUCAUGCUCCUCGUUCUAAUACUGUAAUUUUCCAUUGUAGAAACGAGAGGGCACAAGAAGCAGACAAAGCAAACGAUAGCUAAGACGGACAGAGGAAUCACUGAGCGUUUAAGUUGACGAACGCGUGGAUAAUCGGGUGAAAUAGCUGCGUGGCAGACUCGUGGGUCUCCUGUUAGUUAAUCUUAGACUGGACGGUCAUCGCAGGGACCUGAGAAUCCUGUGCAUCUGAGCCAUUUUUGCGCAAAGGUCAGAGACGUGGGCGAUUCGCCCUCUGUGUUAUUCGUGUAGCCGUGUUUCAGCCACGUCAUUUUUGCUUUCUAAAGUUGAAAAGCUGUUAGGCCAUUUUCCUGAUGAAAACAAAGACAGUUGUCUUGUCAUGUGCAAUGAAAGUAUUAAUGAUUUUCGCAACUUCUCAAGUAUUUUAAAUGCUGGAAGGAGGUGCUAUCAAGCUGGCUUUGACCUUCAUUAUGCUACGAGUAUAAGGCCAGCUCGGUGAAAUAUGAUUAAAGGGAAGUAGCAAGGCACUUGUAGAUAUGUUAUCAUAUUUUACCUCACGCCCUUUUAAACUCUACUGUAACUCACUGACAGAAUGUCUGUGAGCAAUGGUUCAUGCGCCCUUUAAGCUCCAGCGUCUGUCUCGUAGCAGAGACGAAUGUGUGUGUGUACGCACGUAUGCAUGUGACUGAGCACGCUCCUGUUCUGUUUCAGCCAGAACGACUGUAGCGAUGAUCAAUUUACCUUAAGUCGGGAAUGACGAGGCAUUAGCCGUGCAGACUGACGCACGGUGGAGAGGACAAAGAUGACUGGAAGCAAAGCAGUGAGUUGAGGGAUGCGUGCAGCAGAAAAGCGCUGACUGCACAAUAGUUAUGUAGCAAAAGGCCUCGUGAAAAAGAAUCAAACGCUUCCAGGAGAGCGGAUGCUUAUUUCUGAAUACUGUGAUCCAAGAGAGCAACUUGAAAUGCCCAGGAUGUCACGAGUGUCUGAAUAUCAACACCACUGAUAAGUGUCUGUGGGGAUUUUGCCUUGAGCAUCUUAUCUGUCAUUAUGAGCGAUCAGCCAUGGAAACAAUGAUCAUGUAGCUUUUUCUCUUGGCUGACCACAUGAGGAAAAGGUCAGAGAGCUAUUUUUGCUAAUUUAUCCAAAAUAUAUAAAAGGUGCGUUUUUAAUGGAGUAGAAGUAGUUAGCUGACAGAAAGAAUAAAAGCACGUGGGUUUGAUGACGAGUAGUUUCUGCACGGCCCUGACGUGUCCAAAUUCAUGGGCUGCUUCCUCCUGAGGCCGCAUUUGUAGACCGAUUACGUCACAGCGACGCGCCGAAGGCUGUCCAAAUUCGUA